AUGGCUGUUAAUUUAAAGCGCAUUGGUGUUUUUACAUGUUCAGUAUCUAGCCCAAAUGAUAAGGAAAAGAAAAAAAAGAUGGAUGAAGUAGUGGGAAAAACGGGAGGCUUACGAGUAGAAGAUGAUGAACUGACUGAAAGUUCAAUUGUAUCCACAGAUUUACAGUGUCUGUUUACCAUUGCAGUGAGCCAGCUGGUGAAUGUGAAAAACAAAUUACUUUCCAAUAUGAAAAUCUCCUGUCUUAUCAAAUUGUCUACAGAGAUUCUGUUCAGAAGACCAUCACCUAGGUUUCUUUGCCUUAAUAGAGCUAGCUUCAGUGCUGAAUCAAAAAAGGAAAACAACAUUUUAUUGAACAAUCUGAGAAUUAUGGGCGUGGAUGUCAAACUGGUAAGACAACGACAGCCUGGUGUUCUCAGGAGGCAGAUCACCAAUGAAGGAGGUCUGGAACAAUUUUUGCAAGCCAAAGGGGCUGACAAAGACACUAUUGCCAGUAUAAUCUCGCGUUACCCACGUUCCAUCACUCGCUCAUACCAGUCUCUCAAAGAACGCUGGGAAAUUUGGCAGAGUAUUUUGAUGACCGACUCGGAAAUCAUAAAAAUUCUAAAACGCUACCCAGAAUCCUUUUUUCGUUCUGGAAAUAAUGCAAAUGUGCGGGAAAAUAUUAUACUGUUUUCUUCUCUUGGACUGACAUCGGAGGAUCUCGCCAAGAUGCUGACGAGAGCUCCAAGGGUAUUUUCUAGCAGUAUGGAGCUCAAUAAACAAAUAAUAGGCCUUCUGAAUGAGAUCCAUUUAUCUCUUGGUGGAAAAAACCCAGAAGACUUUGUGAAGCAGAUAAUUUCUAGAAAUGUCUUCAUUCUUUUACGGAGUAGCAAGCAAGUGAAAGCUAAUGUUCAUUUUCUACAGUCAUCUUUUAAUCUGAACAGUGAGGAAUUAAUGACAGUCUUGCAUGGCCAAGGAGGUGAUAUCCUCGAUGUCUCGAAUGAAUACCUGAAAAAAUCUCUUUUAAAUGUGAAAGAGAAACUGUUAUCUAAUGGUUGCACUGAAACGGAGGUGAAUACAUUUGUCCUUAAGCACCUUUGCAUUCUGUACCUUUCUCCCCAGAACGUGAAUGAUAAAAUAGAUUUCCUUUUACAGUCCAAUAUUAACAUUCAUCAAAUACUGAAAAGCCCUCCAAGUCUGGACAAAAGCAUUAAUGUUAUAAGUAGUAGAAUUGAUGAGCUGAAAAAACUAAAUUAUGAUUUUGGAACCUAUGGGAUUGGAAUAAUUGCAUUAAGUAAACAACGAUUUGAAGCUAAAAUAAAGAAGUUACAAUGUAUAAAUAAGACAUAAAAAAGAGAAAACAAAACUUCUUGGAAGAGAGAAGAAACUCCUUUUAAUCAAUAAACUAAACUCACAGUACCCUUUUGAAUAAUUCUGUAUGAUUAUUCUAAAUAAAAAAAGGUGUGAAUGAGUUCUCAGAUUA